UGCUGUAAUAAAGCAGAAGGAAGCAGAGCUGCUCGUGAACUGGGCCACAAAGAUGAGGACAGAAACAGCCUGUGGUCUGCUGAUUUUACUCAGCUUUACCUUCAGUCCAGGUUUCUCGGGUCCAGUAUCUGGUAAAGAAGCCUGGGGCUAUGUGGAGGUGAGGGAUGGGGCCCACAUGUUCUGGUGGCUGUAUUAUGCAGACAGUAUGGAUCUCCCUCUGGUCAUGUGGCUGCAGGGCGGUCCGGGAGGAUCUGGAAGUGGGUUUGGAAACUUUGAGGAAAUCGGACCUUUGGACAGGAACCUGGAGCCCAGAAAGUCCAGCUGGAUCCAGGCGUCCAGCGUUUUAUUCGUGGAUAACCCUGUAGGGACGGGCUUCAGCUACACUGACCGACCGGACGGAUACGCCACCAACGUAUCGAUGGUGGCCUCAGACAUGCUGGUGCUGCUGCAGGACUUCUUUAAACAGAAGGAGGAGUUCCAGAGCGUCCCCUUCUACAUCUUCUCUGAGUCUUAUGGAGGCAAGAUGGCCGCUGCGAUCUCCUUAACACUGAUUAAGGCCAUAGCACAAGGGUCCCUGAAGUGUAACUUUGCUGGUGUGGCACUUGGAGACUCCUGGAUUUCUCCUCUGGAUUCUGUGAUGACCUGGGGGCCGUACCUCUACAGCACUUCUCUGCUGGAUGAUUUUGGACUGGCUGACGUCAGCAGCGCAGCAGAUGCGGUUAAGCGAGCGGUGGAGCAGCAGCAGUUUGAGAAGGCGACAGAGUUGUGGUCAGUGGCCGAGACCGUGGUGGAGCAGAACACAAAUGGAGUGAACUUCUACAACAUCCUGACCCAGGAGCCGGACGAGAAAGUCGCUGCUUCAGCGGGAGAAAACUACAUCUCUCUGCAGGCUCGCCGCCACAUUCGACCGCUCCACAGCCAAUCACUGAGCGAGCUGAUGAACGGACCAAUCAGAAGGAAACUGGGAAUCAUCCCUCAGAAUGUCACCUGGGGAGGCCAGGCAGAGGAAGUGUUCAGCAACAUGGCGGGAGACUUCAUGAAGCCGGUGGUGGAUGUGGUCGAUCAGCUGCUCACCGCUGGAGUCAACGUGACCGUCUACAACGGCCAGCUGGAUCUCAUCGUGGACACCAUGGGUCAGGAGCUGUGGGUGAAGAAGCUGAAGUGGGAGGGACUUCCUGGAUUUAACAAGCUGAGAUGGACCGCCCUGGAUGACCCCGCCUCCCCCGGCAUUACCGGAGCUUUCUACAAGACUCAUGAGAACUUUUCCUUCUAUUGGAUCCUCAAAGCUGGUCACAUGAUCCCGUCUGAUCAGGGACCCAUGGCCUUACAGAUGCUGAGGAUGAUCACCCAGCAGAGCUGAAUGCUCCCCCGCUCCACGACGCCAGCUGGAAUGGCUCUGACAAUCACUAAAGAUCACAACCUUUUUUUUUUUUUUUUUUAUAAACCACCUCUGCUACUAAACCAAACUAAAUCUUUGAUUUCAGCACUGACACUUGGGGACUGAAACACAAUAAAGACUUUUUUGUAAAUAC